GCGGCAGCAGCAGUGGCAGCAGUGCUGACAUUGGGAGAGCGGUGUCAGGACAGUGGUGGCAGCAAGAGUGGUGGGACUGGCAGAGGUUAGGGCACCAUGGCCCUUGCUCUUCGCCUCCUCCUCCUGCUCCUCCUGGUCGUGGCCCUGUCUACCAGGGCUGCCCAGGCUGCUCCGCUGCAAGCGCAGGGAGCAGAUUUGGAUGGCGACUUGGAUUAUUAUGAAGCCGUGGUGGAAAAUGGCUUGAAGUUCUUGGAUGAUGUUGGAGCUGAACCUGUUGGUGAAAGUGGUGCAGCUUCCCCACCCAUCCCCAUCACUGAGCCUCUGGGAGAUGCUGAGGGUGUGGCUGCAGGGAGGACUUCUCCAGCUCCCUUGCUAGUUACUGCCCGCAAGCCCAGCACCCAUCGCAGGGGUCCCCCAACAGGAAGGAUCCAAGAUACUGCAGGCAAGAUAUCUCUGGAACCAUACAAACUCAAGCAGCAAAUGCUGAAGGAAAUGGAGCAGGCCAGACAAAAUGGAGAAGCUGUGCUGAAGGCAGUGUUUCCCAGAGAAAGCAGAGAUUCUGUGCCAGCCUCUGCUGCAGGAAGGGAGGCGAUGCCAGGCACAGUCACAGGAGACUGGGAUCGUGACAUGGCUUAUAUGGAAAAUCUGGUGAAGGACAGUUUGAGGAAUCUAAAUCGUGGUGGAGGUCCUCCUGGAGAGAUGAACCAGGACAGAGAAGACAAGAAAUCCCUGGAGGCAGCCAGACAUCUGGACCAGAUGCUGAGUGAUCUGGAGAGACGCCGUGCGAUGAACCAGGAGUCUCUACAGAAGGUGGCUGUUCCAGAAAGAAGCAGUGGCCUAGUGCCAGCCUUUACUGCAGGAGGGCAGGCAGUUCCAGGCACUGGCACAGGAGAAAUGCUUGGCAAGUCCAGUACAAAUACCCAGAAUGGACCGAGCACCCCAAGAAUUUUCUGCCCCCAGGAUGUGCGCAGGUCAUGCAUGAUAGGCACGGUGGUGACACUGUUCACCGUGCCAUUUUCUAUGGUCCUGUGCUAUGUCGGGUUCCAGUGGUGGAAGCAAAAGAAACACAGCGCUGCUGCAGCUCCAGCAUCCCGGCCCAGAAGGCGUGACUCCCUCUUGUCCCCAGGGAGCCCAGAGAGCGUUGGGUUUGGCAGCUCUCAGACAUGGCCUCAGCAGCAGCAUUUGCCCACAAAAGCAGAGCCCCAGCACUCCGUGCCUCCCCCACGGCCCCCCAGUCCGGCUGUGAGGCAGAAGCUUCCCGAGAUCCCCCCACCUCCUCCCCUCCCGAUCCCACCGCCCUGGUCCAGCUAGGACUGGAAGUGGGCCAUCCACGGCAGGGCAUGGGCCACCAACAGCUUGGGGCCCCUGCUCUCCUUUACAAAUAGCACACCUUACCUAUGGACAACAGCCAGAGUCACUUUUCAUACUGUUCUACCUUCAGCAGGAGGGGAUGAAGAUUCUCCCCUGUCCUGUCUCGUCCUUUACCACUUUGAUUUUCAUACAGUUGGCUGCUGUCUGCAUCUCUUAAAGACUUUAUUAGCAAUGCAUGUUUUACCCCACUUAUCAGGCAAUAAAAAAAUAAUUCUUCA